CCCUCUCUCCGACACAUGCCGCCGCCCUCUACCCUCUCUCUCCCACGCUUGGUGCUGUCCUCUCCUACGUCUGAGUCACAGACGCCCUUGCCCGCGGCCUAUAGCUGGCCACAAGGGUAUAUAGCAGCGCCCGCAGCCCGUCUCCAACAUUACGACUACGACCAGGGAGGCAGUCCAGGCUCACAGUCAAUUGUUCGAAAUGCGCAGCUUUACAAGUGUGAUGUUGGUGAUGUUACUGACGGCGUCGCUGAUGUUGAUGUGGAGCAAUGUCGGCCACGCCCAGUUCUUGGGGGGGCGUCGCACCAGGAAGUACCGCGGCCCCCACCAACGCCGCAACAGACAACGAGCCAUCAGAGCCAUUCCCAACGACUUCAACGAAGGAGACAGCCAGCUAGUGUCUCUAAUUGUCAGCUCAAUAGAAAAGCGUUGAUUCUGAAGCUACUGACGGAGGCCGCCUAGCUGUCCGCGCAUUAGACAAGAGGCUUCAACAUGCCUAAUGUGAUCUUGUUCCACAGUGAUGGCUUUAUCUACCCCACACACACCUCGGCCUCAACAUACAUGAUGAAUACGACGCAGACUUUACCAGUUAUUCAUCCUCUUGGACAAAACAUCGCUGCAAACAGCGGCUUCCUUACAUCGGAACACUGCGGGCGUCGCCCACAUCACCAAAGUGCUUUCUCUGUUCAGCACUUCUUAACGCUAACAAUAACAUCUUAUUCUUAACUGAUAGACUAAGUAGAUACAAUAGUUACAUGGUGGUAACUUUAUCCUUAAACCUGUGUUCAACCAAGCUGCGGCCAAACCCAAAGUCACCGUAAUAACUUUUUCUAUAUGAUAUUUCCAUAAAUCAAAUUUUUAUUUUCACACAAUUUUAAAAGCUAUAAAGGAUCUGAUUACAGUGAUUACAAUAUAUUUAUAUUUUUAUACAGCACUAAUCACUCGUAGCUUUUGUGUACAAGUAGGCCUAUAGGUUAGAACCAUUUUUUAUUGUAUUUACAAAACUUGGGUGAAUUAUUUCAACUCAAAUUUAGGCUAUGCUGCUCCAAGCUGCGACCCAAACCCAAAGACAUCUUCAUAAAUUCUAAAAAACUGUAUUAAAAAACGUGAUUUACUCAGAUAUAAAUUAAUAUAUAUUAUAGUUUUGUGAAAAGUUAAACCUAGGGAAGGUUAGGCUAGGUGUUUUGACUUCCCUGGCCAUUAUUUGUACUCACAGUAGGUGGGUAAAGCCUUUAGAGAGGUGUUAUUUUUCGAAAAGUAGAAAGUGAGUAAAACUGAGUUUGAGAAAAGUUUUAAUAAGCUACAAGAUUUGUGUCUAUAGUGGAACAGUAUUCAUAAUUGAAGAGUCUGAGGCUUUCUCUCAAAGCUGUGUCCUGUAGACCUUUCUUACCCAAUAUAGUCUUAAUAUAAGCUUUGUAUAAAGUUUUCAUGUAUAUAUAUAUAUAUAUAUAUCCAACGUUUUCAUAUAAAUAUAUAUUUUAGUACAAAACUGAAAGA